GGCACCGAGCCAACUACAUCGCCCUGUGUCUACCUACCUAACCUACCUUGGAAGACGAAUACAUAAAAUGGAUCACCACUCUAUUGGCCAGACGAUCAUGAUUAUGCUAGAAUGACUCAUGUAUCCAUGGAUAUACCAGACUCGAGUGUACGGAUGGACCACCGGCAGUUGCAGUGGCAGUAGCACAGCCCGCGGACGCAGGACGCACCCGAUCUCGGCCGAAAUGAGGACGAAUUUUGGACGUAUUUUGCCACUGGGGUUGAUUCGGUGUCGGAGUCGAGUCGAGUCGAGUCGAGUCGAGUCCGGGGUCAGGCCGGGAAUGAGAUGCAGAUGUAGAUACAGGGAUAUGACCUUGUUCACAAUGGUUGAUACUCCUUUGAUACUUCUCUUGGGUGGGAUAGGAAUAGAUGGGCUGGUUUUUGUCCUUGGUGAGUAGAUCAGAUCAGAUGGAUCGAAUCUUAUAUUCAAUCUCCAAUCUAUUCAC